ACUAGGCGAGGGGGUCGUAUGUGAGAAGCCAGAAGUUAAGCCCAAAAAAAGAACCCUUUAGGCGUGAGUGCGAGGGCAUCGUUUCCUUUUCUCACAUCCGGCGCAGCCGCACAGCACGGCUCCCAUAGUUCUUCCAGCCUAGUUUCAUUCGCCUCGAGAGAGAGAGGGGGGAAAGAAAGGGAGAGAGACUAGAGAGAUCAUGGGGGAUCCCCUGCUGCCCAUGGCGAGCUCUUCCACGGGUGCCCGUAGUUCCAUUCCAUCUCAUGAUGUUGCUAAUUAGUGCAUCGUUGAGUUGACUUGGGGGGAAAGAGAGAGAGAGAGAGAUCAUGGGGGAUCCCAUGGUGAGCUCUUCCACGGGAGCGAUGAACUCCCUCCUCGAUAAGCUGAGAGUACUGGAGGACCAGUAUCCCGACCUCGCUGAAGGCCUGCGAGAGAGUCUAAAGAGCCUAAGCGAUGUCCUGCACAGCUUUGCUAGGCAGAGGAGGAGGAACUCCCUCAUCAACGAGUGGAUGUUGCAAGUCCGGGAGCUGGUCUACGACAUGGAGGACUGGAUCGACGGCGAUCCCUCCAAGGCGAAGCCGGACGAGGAAUUCGAUGUGGAGGAACAAAUCGAAGAAUUCAAGGCCCAGAUCCAAGGUGCACUGGAGCGCUGCAAAAGGUACGGCCUUCUCAGCAGCACAGCGCCUAGUACUUGUGCUGCACAAGAUGCUGAAACCAGAGAAUUAGUUGCCAUGGAUCCUAAACUGCUCCAUGGGGAGGCGCCUUGCCGCCUUGUGGGCAGCGAUGAACCAAGGAAUGUUCUUGUUAACCACCUGAUGGACCAAGAACAGCGGCGAAAGGUGGUGUGCAUCGUGGGAACCGGAGGAAUUGGCAAGACAACUCUUGCCACGGGAAUAUAUCGACAGCUGCAAGGACAGUUCAGCUGCGGGGCUUUCGUGCAUCUUGGCCGGAACCCGUCCGUGAAGACGACCCUGAUCAGUAUACUCAAGCAAGUAAUGCCGGAUUGGCACUGCGAAGAGUAUUUAUGGAACGGCUACAACUCUGAAGACAUGGGAGCAUGGGACGAGAAGAAGGUCAUCGAUAAACUCUGGGCAUUCUUAAAAACAAAGAGUUAUUUUGUUGUGCUCGUCGACAUGCGGAGCAUAUCGACUUGGAAGAAAAUCAGUUGUGCUUUGCCUAAUAAAGGCAAGUCUUCUGAUAGGAUAUUGAUUACAACUUGCACCAAGGAUGUAGCAGAAUCAUGUUGCAUACAUCCCAGUGAUUUUGUUCAUCCGAUGGAGCGUCUUAGUGAGAAAGAUUCCAAAACAUUAUUUCAUAGUAAAGUACCUGAUUCAGAACAACAUAGGCUGCUUGAAGUUUCUGAUGACAUGUUGGAAAUGUGUGGUGGUGGGGUGCCAUUGUCCAUAACUAUUACAGCUGCAUUAUUAUCUAGGAAAUCUGCAUGCUCGUCACCUGACCAAUGUCAUUCCACACCACAAUUGAUGAGAAAGGUACUGGAGAUCAGCUAUGAUGAUCUACCACUUCCUUUGAAGUCUUGUUUUCUGUACUUGAGUGCUUUUCCUGAAAAUCAUACCAUCAAGAAAGAUCGUUUGAUAAGAAGAUGGGAAGCUGAAGGAUUAAUUGCUAAAAGAGAUGGAGAAAGCUUGUGGGAAACAGGGGAGAGCUACUUUAAUGAGCUUAUCAAUAGGAGAUUGAUUCAACCAGCAUUUGAUGAUGAUAAUGAUGAGCCGACUGGUUGUACUGUCCAUGCUGUUGUUCUUGAUUUCAUGGAAUCCUUGUCAGCCGAAGAAAACUUUACUACUGAAGGUGCAAAGUUGAAGUGUGGACUAUUUCCUUAUGAAAGGGUCCGGCGAAUCUGCCUUGACUGCGGUGAAGAAGAUGAAGGUGACGCCUUGUUUUGCAGUACAUAUUGUUCUUUGGAACAAAAGAGUCAGGAGGAUGACUCAAGCAGUGAAGAAAACUCAGUUUAUGCCCAAGACGAAGCAAUUUCUUUGCACCUAUCUCAGGUGAGAUCACUUGCAUUUUGUGGGGAUGUUGGAAGGAUCCCUGAUCUUUCAGACUUCAAACUUCUACGGGUGCUAGAUCUCAGUGAUGCCAAGGGCUUGGAAAACGAACAACUAGGAAGCAUUGGAUGUUUGUCACUGCUGAGGUACUUGGCACUUGGUGGGGCCGAUGUCACCGAGCUGCCUCAACAAAUUAUGGAACUUGACCACCUGUCUACCUUAGAUUUAAGGCAGACUGAGGUAAAGAAAUUACCAGAAUUUAAGGGCAGAAAGUUGGUGUGUUUGCUUGCAAAUGGUCUCACAAUACCGGGAGGAGGAAUGAGGGAAAUGGAAAAAUUGGAGGAACUAUCAACGGUAUGUCUUGGUUGUGAUGGCUCACUCGCUGACAAUGUGGUAGGGCUUGUUAACCAGUUGAUGCGGCUGCGGAUGCUUGGGGUAAGAUUUAGGAUGACGCAUAAUACUUCAGAAGCGGAACGGCAGGGCAUCAAGCAUUUGGUCGAGGAGGUGGGGAGAUCAAACUUGCAGUUCCUUUUUCUUGAUGAAUACCCUCAUCGUCUGCUUGACUUACUUGCUGGUUGCUGGAGCCAUGUAAGGCCACGUUACCUGCGGAAAUUUGAGCUAAGAUUGGACUGGCUAUUGUGCCCCCUAAAAGUACCACAGGAGAUCUCUUUCCUUGUUGACCUCACUCACUUGCAUAUCGGAGUUUCAAUAGUAGAUGCAGAAGGUGUCCGCGCCCUCGGGGGGCUGCCAAAGUUAGUCCUCCUAAAAUUGCAUUCACUGCGGCCACAACAUGGCCUCACCGGUGAACCACAAAGCCCAGCAAGGUUGUCCGUGAGCAGCAAGGAUGGCUUUCAGCGCCUCAAGGUGUUCUGGUACGUCUGCGAGCAUGGUGCUUGGACGGGGCUGCAGUUUGAAGAAGGCGCCAUGCCGCACCUCCGAAGGCUUCUGAUUGACUUCCAGUCAUCGGAGGAUACAGACUUUGUGCUUGGUAUCCAGCAUUUCUCUUGUCUCGUGCAGGUCCGUGCCACCAUCUACUGCGGGCCAGCUACUUCAACGACAGUUUCUGCCGCGGAGACACACAUCAGAGACCAAGUGUCUCAGAACCCCAACAAUCCCGUACUGGAAUUCAACAAAAAACGUCAAGGACGUUUGGUGAGGCGUCUAGGGCCGCCCUCUAAUGUAAAGCCAUCGGCAGUGAUUACGAUCCGCAGCCUGGACCAGUGGACCAUGAUGAACGAGGAGGCCAAGGGCAACAACAAGCUGCUCGUGGUUGAAUUCACUGCGCGGUGGUGCCGGCCAUCCCGCACCAUAGCUCCCUUUUUUGCUUAUCUCGCCAACAAGUUUCCAGAUGCCAUUUUCCUUAAGGUUGACAUUGAUGAUAUGGAGGAUAUUGCCGAGACAUUCGAAGUUCGUAGUGCGCCAGUCUUCCUGUUCAUGAACAGGGGAGAGGUUAAGGACAAGCUUCGUGGCGCACACAAGGAAGAGCUGUUUGAGAAGAUUCAGCUGGCCCUUAUGGACAACUGAUACACUGUGCGGUUUGGUUGUCUCUCAAGCAGAUUUGGUGGUUGAUCCUCCAGUCUCUCAGAAAGUGGACACUGCUAUUCAAGGAUUGUAUGAUGGACAGCAUGAACUCAUUCUGCCAGAAGGUUUCCCAGAUCCUAAGGGCGCCUUUGGAGCUGACAUGGAUCUGAAGAAGGUUGCUCCAGGCCUUCUUCACUCACCUACUCUGCGUCUUCAGUAACGGCGGAGUUAUCCCUGAAGACCCUGGUUGCCUGCAGCCCCUGCUCCGUCUUGGGAAACUCAUCGCCAAGCGCUGAACUGCCAUCUUCGCUGAUCAGGAGCAAGCUGGCUCAGAUCGUUCGACAAUACUCUGACAAGACCAGCGGCUCCUCUGAAGCGUAGCGUUAACACAGCUGUCUUGUGCUUUUAGGAUAUUCCAGUCUGGCUUUUGGUUAAUGCUCUGUUCGCUGAUUGUUCUGUCAGCUUACCCGGCAAAACAGUCCUGUUUAGUUUUCCUGUAUGACACUAAAAAAAGUAGCUAGUUGAUGGUGGCUCGUAACUUUAGAAGUGAGAUAUUGUUACUUUCUGCUUUUUAACAUUCUUUUUCAAAGGUUUGGUUGUCAACUUUAGAUGCAUUAGUUGACUAGCAGCAUAGGCUCGUGAUGGGUAGCAGCAUAGGCUCGUGAUGGGUGAAAAGGUGGUUUCAAGGAUGUAAAAUACCUUCACGCGAUCCGAUAACCUGCUGUACUGGCAAUGUUUUGAAGUGUUCUGAUUCCCGUAUUUAAAUUGUGUUUGCAGUGGUAUAUUUGAGAUCAACUGCUCAAAUGAUGUCAAAAUUCAAGGCAUCAUUGGACCUUGUACUUCCCUGGAGAAGAAAAGUCCUAUAUCCUCAGAUACAGUUGUAGGCCAGGGGAACACUAGCGCUUGGAAGAUGUGUGGUCUCGAUAGGAAACACUCUGUCCAGUACUCCUUCUGUGUCAUAACUCUUGUCGAAAUAUUACAUGUACAUCCAUUUUUGGACAAAUUUGAGACAAGAAUCAUGGAACGGAUGGAGUAUUUGAUAUUGCCAAAAAA